CCAAGCAAUUUAUUCUAGUUUUUGAGAUUCUUUUUUUCUCUUUUAGUUUGAAGUAUCAUGUUGAGUUCAUGGUUUGGUAAGGUCUGGAAACAAGCCAUAAUUGAGUUUUGUAGCUAGGUAUGUGUCUUUUUUACUCCAUUAAUGCAGUUGCAGCUGGACUGGUGGAGUGGGGAAGUAAUGCCUUCAAUGUCAUUACUUUGAUAAUCAAUAAUACCACAUGUUUGAAGUAACUACAUGGGUUUUCUUAAUGACUGCCUUAGGACUUUAUAAUUUUUACUUAAAUGUAUUGCAAAUGGUAUAUAGACAAUAUUAUUAUUAUGAAUAGUAUAUCAGGUAGUCUUAAAGAGUGCCGCAAUCGUAAGCAAAACCCAUACUAAAAUAACAGCUGUAGAGCUUGUAUGUUUCCCCUUAGGACACCUGUGCAACGGAGGCCUUUUCGUUACUUUCUUUUGCUUCGGUGUUGCUUUCCCCGGGACCGUAGAUAGAUACGAAUGAAUUUUGUGAAGUUUGUUAUAGAAUUUUUGGUAGAGAAUACCGGUAUUCAGUGUUAUUUGCUUGCUUGACUGAUUUACUCAAGGGUUGAAACAACAGAAUUAUCAACGUAAGCUGUUGGUUGGCCAAACAUGAACUUGGCAGUACCUAUCAUGCUAUAUUUAUUUGCAUUCUUUUUGGUAUUCUGAUCAUCAGAUUUAAGAGUCUGGGUAUGAAUGUGGGGGCAUCUUUUUUACUUGGUUUGAGAUUUCAAUGCUAUAUCAUAUACGAUCUUUUAGUCUGUGUUCCAUCUUUGCUACUUGUGUCUGUUUCCAUAUCUGCAAAUUUACGGUAUCAUUUGAUUCAUUUGUCACAUCAGUUUUCAAGCUUCUUUCUCUCAUUCGGUUUCUGCAGAUUGGAGGCAUUCAAAAAUCAGGGAAGUUUAACAGUGUCCUUCCUCUGGCUCCUAAUGAAGAUGAAUUUUCUAAUACAUCGGGUGUAAGCAACUGGACAUGCACAUGCUCUUCCGGAAACCAGAGCUAUAUCCUUAAAUCUAACUGUUCUAGGUCCUGUGAUUGCAAUCCAGUUGAAUCAAGUGGAGAUAGGUGGACAUGUGUUUGUGCCACUAAUGGAUUUCCCGAAGUAGCAGUCGACAAUCAUGAUACUACCUGUUUUACAGCCUGCAACUGCACUGCUGGGUCUCUUCCAGAGGUGCCAGCUUCAAGAAAGCACUACGCUAACAGAGUUGUAGUAAUUGUUCUAUUGGUCUCUGUAAUCCUCACAACUCUCGCAUUUAUUGCUUCGGUAACAUGCUAUUUCUAUCGGAAAGACAACUGUCCGAAAUGCCCCAUCCAACCCUCAAUAUUCUUGUCAGAUAAAGAAACUUGUUGCAAUAGUGCUACCAACUUACUAAGUCAGAAGAGUUCUUUGCUGUCGGAAACUAAGAUUAACAUCGGCUUCCCCACAAGGCCUGUUGCAGGUUGCUUUCAGAAGGCUUCAUUCCUUUGUCCAAGCAAACCGGGGACUGUACUCUGGACAGUUUUCCAGUUUGCCUACUCUGAACUGGAAAAUGCAACCAAUAAGUUCUCCGAUUCCAACCUCAUAGGAGUUGGAGGAAGUAGUUAUGUGUACCGAGGUCAGCUCAAGGAUGGAAGAAUUGUUGCAGUAAAACGACUUAAAGUUCAAGGAGGUCCUGAUGCAGAUUCUAUCAUUUCGACAGAGGUUGAGCUGUUGUCAAGGCUACAUCAUUGUCAUGUUGUACCUUUGCUUGGCUACUGUUUGGAAUUCAGCGGGAAACAUGCUGAGAGACUGCUGGUAUUUGAGUACAUGCAUAAUGGUAAUUUGAGGGAAUGUUUGAAUGGGAUUUGGGGGGAGAAUCUGACCUGGGAAACUCGUGUUUCGAUUGCUAUCGAUGCUGCAAAGGGCUUGGAAUAUCUCCACGAAGCGGCUGCUCCUAGAAUUUUGCAUAGAGAUAUAAAAUCCGCAAACAUUCUUCUUGACAAGAACUGGAGAGCAAAAAUAACUGAUCUUGGUAUGGCCAAACGUUUAAGAGCUGAUGGAGUUCCCAGCUGUUCCAGUUCUCCAGCAAGAAUGCAGGGAACCUUUGGUUAUUUUGCACCCGAAUAUGCAAUUGUUGGAAAAGCCUCACUUAUGUCGGAUGUUUUCAGUUUCGGCGUUGUUCUUCUGGAACUCAUCACUGGUCGACAACCCAUCCAUAAAUCAAACAAUAAAGAAGAAAGUCUUGUUAUAUGGGCUACCCCUAGGUUACAGGAUUGUAAGCAGGUGACCCCAGAGUUACCUGACCCACGUUUGAAAGGCAAUUUUCCAGAAGAAGAGAUGCAGAUAAUGGCUUACCUAGCAAAGGAGUGCUUGCUGUUGGACCCUGAUGCUCGACCGACAAUGAGUGAAGUUGUUCAAAUCCUCUCAACUAUUGCUCCGGAUAAAUCUAAAAGAAGAAAUGUUCAUGUCAACUUUCUCCAGAUGUCAUCUGCCCAUAACAUGAAGAAUGAAACUCUUGUAGAAAGACAUCAAAGUGUAAUUGAGGCUUUAUACGACACAGAUGAGUAUAUGCCAACUGAAUCUACAAACUCAACCGAAAACUCACUGCCAUUACGCACAGACGGUAUUGGAACUGUUGGAAAACAGAGGGACACCCUUUCUGCUGAGUGCUUGGAGAGACUGGUUCUUUUGAGUUCCAAUACUAGGAGUUGGGGUGUCCCUGAUGAUGAAGCAGUGGACUUAACUGAACCUCGACUCGAAUUGUUCGAUGUGGCAACUAUCAAGUCCCUCAGAGAAGAACAAUCCUACAGAUUGGCUUAACAUGCUGUAUACACAAGUUAGACAUUGGGUUUUUGAGAAAAUAUUUAUUUGUUAAUAUAUUUGUUUUGGAGAGUAUUUUUAGCAGAAUAGGCCAAACAUAGGUAGGUUGUGUUAGGACUAGGUCACAGUUGAUUCCUUGAUUGGAUUUCAUGCGUUUGUACAGAAAAUGAAAAAUCGAAUGAAGUUUGUAGAUGAAAAGUCAAAUGAUUCCUUGAUCCUCUUUCAGCUUUCUUGAUGGACCUCACUAGCUUGUUCCUAAGUAAAUAUAUACUGGUAAUUUUGUCAUAUUUCUCCUCAUUUGAGCUUUAAACAAGAUGAGUUGUCAUCAAAUAUUCAACUCCCAAGUUUUAAAUUGCGUCUCACUCCACCCAUUGCUCUAAAAAAAUAAUUUUAACCAGUACAAAGUUCCUGUGUUAGUUGGGUGUCAUUUAUUAUUAUUAUUGCAGAGACUUGAAAUCUCCCUUUGAAUGGUAGUUGUCAUAUGACUUUGAGAAAGGAUGGUAAUUCAUCAACUUAUAUAACAAUCUCACCGGAUAUAAGCUAUCUUUCCAAAGUCUUAUCUCCACAACCAACAUGGAUCCACCUCCUCCACCUCCAACUCCACCACCGACGACACCGCUGCUAGCUCCGUCACCUCCAGAAGGAGGGUUAUGGGAAUCAUGUUUGUGGUUUGUGUGUUGCUGUGGAAUAUUCAGAAGCUGCUGCCCUCCACUGUUUGAACCAGGGCCACCUCCUCCGUAGAUCUGCAUUCUUUUUUCUCUUUUGGAAUGUAUGAGUAUUUUACAAGGAUUUAAUCAUUUGGAACAUGAUGAUUGGUUCUUGUGGUUUGUCAUUCUUCUUCUUAUUAUCUGCUAAUCUAUGUAGCAACUGAGAUUAGAGUUGCAAAAUUUAUGAAUUUAUAGCUUUCUUGUAAUUUUAUGUCUUCAAUAAUAUAUUAAAGAUAAAAAAACAAUGUCGUUUAAAUGUUAA